AGGAGCGCAGCAUUACGCAGAGCAUGAAGGCGAAACCACAUCUCAUGAGAGCUGCUAAAGUUUUGUUUUGUUGCUAAAUGACAAGAAGACAGAGACACAGGAGCAUCCAGUGAUACGAGGACCACGAUGGAGAGCAAGGGACUACUCCGCUGUAAGAUCGUGGUGGUCGGGGACACGCAGUGUGGCAAGACGGCUCUGCUUCACGUUUUUGCCAAAGACUCGUACCCGGAGAAUUAUGUACCCACUGUGUUUGAAAACUACACAGCCAGUUUUGAGAUUGACAAGCAGAGGAUUGAGCUGAACAUGUGGGACACUUCAGGUUCAGCCUAUUAUGAUAACGUCAGACCACUGGCGUACCCCGACUCUGACGCGGUCCUUAUCUGCUUUGAUAUCAGCCGUCCGGAGACUCUGGACAGCGUGCUCAAAAAGUGGCAAGGUGAGACCCAGGAGUUUUGCCCCAAUGCUAAAAUCGUGCUCGUCGGCUGCAAACUGGACAUGAGGACGGACCUGAGCGUUAUGAGGGAAUUAGCCAAGCACAGACUCAUCCCUGUCACCCAUGAGCAGGGUACUACCUUGGCGCGGCAGAUCGGUGCAGUGGCAUACGCUGAGUGCACGUCCAAAUACUCGGAGAACAGCGUACGAGAUGUGUUCCACGUCACCACUUUGGCGUCUGUGCACCGGAUUCACCGCACCCCGAUCAAACGCACAGGGUCCCGUAAAGGGGGGGUCAAACGAGUGUCCCAGCAACCGACCCGGACUGAGAUAGUACACGAGCAUCCCCCACCCAUCAGGAAGGACCGGGCCAAGAGCUGCGUGAUCAUGUAGGAAGAAUGGCAAACCUGAAGAUAUGCACAAAAUAUGGACUUCUAUGGAUUUUUUCAUCGGUUUGCACUCUAUAAAGAACAAUGCAAUGGGAAUGAAUGCUUUUCAGUGGACUACUAUGGAGGGAGUGUUGGUCCAUACUUAGCAAUUUGUUUCAUUUUCUCAGUGGCUUUAUCAAUGGAGGAUGAGAGCGGUUGUAGUAAAACACUGUUAAAUGCUUUACUUGAAGAAUAUGUUGAAAUAAAAGGGGUGGUGGUGGUUCUCAACUGGUCUACACAAAUCAGCCAUAACAUUAUGACUAAACACGUAAAUACCAUAGAUUUUUUUCAUGGCACUUGUUAAUUGAGAUACAUUAAGUUGAUAUCUAGACCUCAUAAUUGUGCAUGGAAGAGUCAGGAACAUCAAGUAUAAGAAACAAAAGAUUUUCAUUGUGAAAGUUCGACAACUAGUUUAAAUAAUCUCAAAUCCUCUGCAUAUGCUUUUGCUUGUGACCUAUUUCCAUCUUGAUUCAACCCCACACUGAAAGACCCCCAUCCUGUCUGGGCAUCGAACAUGGGACCUUCUUGCAGUGAAGUGCUCAUAUUUAAUCUUAAAAUGCUUUGAAGGUCGAAGCUACAACCACCUCUACCCAUGAUCCAUUAGGGCCAGUUGAGAAUCACUACUCAAGGAAUGACACAUGCGAUGGAAAUUAAAUAUAUUAUAUGUUGAGAUUACUGGGGCUGUUAUGGCAGAGCUUGCCUUGACUCUCAUGUUGUAUUUUAUUUUGAAAAGAUAAACUAUCUGUUGAAAGCACAAAAAGAUGCACGGAAAAAGACUCAUAGUACUUGACAUUACAAUAGAAUAAAAAUAAAAACUGGACAGGUCAUAACUACGUGGGCAGAGGUGGCACUAUUUUCUUAAAUCAGAAGUGCUUUUGAUAUUGCAAACUUGGACAGUUGACCUGCCACAUACACGUGUUGUGAAAAUGUUCAUAUGAUCUACAUUGGGGAGGAUUAACAGAGUGUUACUUAAUGUACAUGUGCAAAUUAAAUAAAACAAAUUACUGCUGUG